AUGGCGUCGACGCUGUCCUCUGCUCUUCUACGCCCUCCCUCCACUUCCUCCGCCGCUUAUCCUCCUCUCCCCUCCGCCACAUUCACCACACACAACCUCCAAUUCCCCCUCACAUCCUCCAACAGUCCCCUCCGCCGCCGCUCGCCCUCCCUCCGCCCGCUCGCCGCCGUCGACGCCCCCGAGAAGGUCGUCCAGCUCGGCGACGAGAUCUCGAGCCUGACCCUCGCCGACGCCCAGAAGCUCGUCGAGUACCUCCAGGACAAGCUCGGCGUCUCGGCCGCGUCGUUCGCGCCGGUAGCCGCAGUCGCCGCCGCUCCGGGCGCGGCGGAGGCUGCCGCACCCGUGGAGGAGAAGACAGAGUUCGACGUGGUCAUAGAGGACGUGCCGAGCAACGCUAGGAUCCCCACGAUUAAGGUGGUUAGGGCUUUGACCAGUUUGGCUUUGAAGGAGGCCAAGGAGUUGAUUGAGGGGCUGCCGAAGAAAUUCAAGGAGGCCGUGUCCAAGGAGGAGGCCGACCAAGCCAAGAAGCAGCUCGAGGAGGCCGGUGCCAAGGUCGCCAUUGUUUGA